CGGGGCGGCGCGUGGCAGUCCAAAUGGCGAUCGUCGCCUCCCUCGGCGAGGACGCCGUCACGCUGGGCGAGAGCUUCCCCAUCAUCUGCGAGAGCUGCCUCGGCCCCAACCCGUACGUGCGCAUGCUCAAGGGCGUGAUGGGCAAGGAGUGCAAGAUCUCGGGCCGGCCUUUCACCUCGUUCCGCUGGCAGGGGCAGCACAAGCGGUGGAAGGAGACGUGCAUCUCGCCCGAGGUGGCGCGCGAGAAGAAUGUGUGCCAGUCGUGCGUCAACGACCUGGAGUACGGCGUGCCGUUCCACGUGCGCGACCAGGUGAUGGCGGCGCUGGGCAAGGAGGGGGCGGUCUCGGACGUCAACAAGGAGUUCUGGUGGCACAACAAGAAGCAGGAGCAGGAGGACGACGGCGGCGCCGCCGGAGGCGGGCUGUCGACCUACGACCAGCUGCGCGACUCGGUGGAGCAGCUGCGCGAGUUUGCGGCGCUCGACCCGGGGCCGGUGCUGAGGCCGCGGCGCGACACGCCCCUCACGCCCGAGGAGCAGGAGCGGCUGCGCCAGCGCCGCCUCGCCGAGCUCCGGCCGCCCGAGGACAAGUCGAUCUCCUCCCUCUUCGUCGGGUCCAUCCCGCCGGGCGCCUCGGACCGCGACCUGCGCCCCUACUUCCAAGAGUACGGCCCCGUCAAGAAGAUCACCCUCGACACGGCGAAGAUGAGCGCGUACGUGACGUACGAGCGGCGCGCCGACGCAGAGCAGGCUUGCCGCGCCCUGCACGCCAACCUCAACAUCAAAGGCUCCCGCGUCCGCGUCAUGUGGGCUCGCAAGGGGACGCGCGCCGCCGCCCCGCCCGGCACCGCCGCGGCAGCCGAGCAGCCGCAGCGGCCCGCGAAGCGGCCGCACUUGCCGCCGGGCGUGGCGCCGCCCCCUGGGGCGAGGUGCGGGCACGCGUACCCGUCGACGAACCCAGACAGUCUCGGCGCGAGGCCCGACCUGGACUAGAGAGUGAGAGAGAGAGGAUCGAGAGCUCGGGGAGCGCCGCCGAGCAGUGGAGCACCGGGUUGCUGUGUGUUAUGUUCAACGCUGGCCAUGUUGUUUA